AUGACAUCUAGUCAGAAAGGUCAUGACACAACUGCCCAUGCUAUGUCCUGGACUCUAUAUUUCCUGGGAAGAUUUCACGAUAUACAGGAAAAAGUGUAUUUGGAAUUAAAGAGCAUUUUUCAUAAUGAUACGAAUAGGAAUAUUACUGUUGAUGACUUGAUGAAAAUGACGUAUUUAGAAUGCGUAAUAAAGGAAUCGAUGAGAAUCUAUCCUCCUUUUCCUGUCAUUGGUAGGAAAAUUUCUCAUAAAAUUACAAUAGGUGAUUAUGUUUUGCCAUCACAAUCAAGUUGUUAUAUUUACAUCCAUGCCAUUCACCACAACCCUUCUGUUUAUAAAAAUCCAGAAGUGUUCGAUCCUGACCGCUUCUUGCCCGAAAACUUCAAAAGUCUUCCUCCUUACGCUUUUCUGCAAUUUUCUGCCGGUCCACGAAAUUGUCUAGGAAGUAAACUUGCAAUGAUUAAAAUGAAAACAGUUUUGGCAAAUGUUCUACGGAAUUUUAAAAUUCACUCUUUGGAUCCUCAAGACAAGAUCGUUAUGUAUUACGAAGUAGUCAUGACCCCAGUAUCAGGUAUUAGAAUGUGGGUAGAAAACAGAUAA